AUGAAUCUGAGAAUGUCUCAUACACUUCCUGGCGGUCACAACGAGGGGAACUUCCCCAGUUAUCAGAAUGGUACCUUCCGAACAAUUGAAUGGGCUGUCCUCGAAGUCCCUCCGAAGGCCAUACAUUACUUCAGUAAUCUGCCAUUCGGCUGGGUUCCUAAGAAUGACUUGGAGUUCAUUCAGCUAUUCAUGCAGACAUGGAGAGAAGACUGGAUGAAUUUCUGUCGAGACGCCAGAAGUGUUCUGAGUCGCCUUCGCUCCCAUCAACUGACCGCUCGAGGCAAAGAUGACCUCUUAAUCGACGCAGUUGCCGAGAAUAUGCAGCAGUGGACCCGACUUCAAGGGACACUAGAGGAACAGCUCAGCCAGGCGCGUCACUUUGUCUCACAAUACCAACGCUACAGCGAAACUCGUCGGUUCAGUGAGCAAAUGCAUCAAACCAUCGACGCCGCGGAGCGAGACAUCCAAAAUCAAGUGGAUAAACUAGAACAGACCAUGCGAGAUCUCUUACAGAUAGCAAGUUAUAUCACCCCCUUUCACGAGUUCGCCUGGGUCUCUAUCAACGAAGCGCAUCGUUCGACCAGCUUGGCAACGAGUUUGAAGCGGAUCAGCUGGAUUACUUUUGUCUUUCUCCCUCUUACAUUCGCAUCCGUAAGUUAUCAGACAUUGUCCCAGCUGUAG